AGGUUUGAAUAUAUAAGUCUGUAAGACUGUAACAGACGUGGAUAUGAGUUGCUUUUUUAAACGCAUGUCAAUAUCCACUUAGUGGCACUGUGAGUGUCACUCAAAUUGAACUGUACGAUUCAUGCUGAAUGACAUUGCAUGUCAGAUUCUUCCAACCCCACAACGGGAUUCAGACACUUUCUCAUUCCUUCUAAUGCUUAGGGCGCCGGAGCUGAAGUCAAAGCGUCGGAAUAACCAGGAUAUCUCGGAGGCAAACCUGCCGGAGUAUAACCUUUCCACUCAGAUUCCUCUUCUGAAGAACCAACAGGCGAAGGAGAAUGAGAAUGAUAAACGUUGGAUCGGGGGCUAAGAAUUCCGGCGAGGGACGACGUGGAAACGGAGCGUGUCAAUGUAAGUGGAGGCGGUCUGAGUCAUGUCGAGGGCGAAGAGGGAUGCGUCUGUGGGAGCGAAGAAGGUGAAGGGGCGCGAGGUGGCAUUGUUGUCGUUCUGGUGAGAGAGAAUGUCCAUUUGAAGUUGGGAGAAGAUGGGGUGGUGGAGGGAGUAAAUCUCUUCUGCAUUGCACAAGUUGGGCCGCUGGGAUUGGGCUGCUGAGAUUGGGCUGCUGUUAGUGGAAUGACAGUGUUUUGGCUGCUGUUUCCCUGGGAAUUUUGCACUGAGACUUCAUUUUGGCAAAGAGCCCUCGAGCUAGGAUUUUGCAAAAGGGAAAACGAGAGAGAACGAAAGAGAAAGUGGAGCUCUAGGGCUCAAGGGCCACUUACCCAGAGGAAGACUGGAGACACGUGCGGAGUUCGAACCGGCGAAGUUAAAGAAGUUGAUCGAAGGGCUGAAGAUCAAGAAGGAGGGAGAAGCGUCCGAUUGAAGAAGAGCGCGAAGCGUCGAAGAGGCUCAAUGUUCUAUCUCAGUAAAAUUGAACACAAAUUGCCCCUGCCUCCUCCUCGUCUUGUUCUUCCCAUUCGAGAAGCCAUUCACAUGGAGCUUGAAAAACUUUUCUUAGAUAAGGUUAUAGCAAACUUGGGCCUUUGCAUUUCUGUAUAUGAUAUCAUAUCCAUUGACGGUGGAUUUAUCUUUCCAGGUGAUGGGGCUCCGACCUAUACGGUCGUAUUCAAUAUAAUUAUGUUUCGUCCAUUUGUGGGGGAAAUUAUUACUGCGAGGCUUAUUUCAUCUGAUUCUAAUGGCUUACAAUUAAGUCUUGGAUUCUUUGAUGAUAUUUUUGUCCCUGCACAUCAUAUGCCCUACCCAAACCACUUUGUUGAGGAUGAACAAGGAAAAAGGGUAUCCUUUAGCGAAGAGUCAACAAGUAAUUUUUUGAGGAAAGGCGUAUGGUUUUGGGAUUUUAACGACCAAGAAUAUCCUAUUCAAGAAACUGACGUGAUCAAAUUUCGUGUUCAAAAUGUGAGUUAUCCACAAAUUCCGGUCGAGCAACCAAAAGAAUCAAAGCCAUUUGCACCUAUGUUGGUUACUGGUUCGUUAGAUCAUGAUGGUUUAGGCCCUGUUUCUUGGUGGUGUGCAGAAGAGAUUGAGGUUGAUGAUGAGUAAAGGUGAGUUCAAAAGGUGGUGAAAUUUUGGUCAAGUGAAGAUGUCACUCCUAGGUCUUUUGUUUAGCCUAUAAGAUUAGGUUUAGAAGUUGGUUUGGUCUGAUAGAUUUAGGUUGCUCAUGUCCCUGAAGAUUAGGUCUUGUUCAAUUACUUAGCUUUUUAAACUGUUUAAUUUUAGUUCAAUAGAAUCAGUGUUUGUCUUUGAAUUGAGCGUCCUAAAUUCCUACAGUGCAGGAGGAUGAAAUGCAAUUUAUACAUCUGAUUUUGGGAUCCAUAAUUAA